UGUCACGACAUGUGCGUUGCUCACUCCCAUUGCCCGUUUCCUCCGCCUGGAGUCUCCGACGAUCCCUGCUCACCGCCGGCGAUCAACUGCAACAACGGUGAAUGUCGAUAAACGACGAGAAAGUGAAGUUGCCAAUCAAUGCUAAUCCUAUAGUUGUGCAUGAGCCGAGGUUCAGUCAAGGAGGUCAGGCUGAUUACUACUCUUUUGCGAGGGACACAAUGCAAAAUGGAACGGCUGAGGCAACUAUCUACAACUCCAAGAAACUUGAGGAUGUUGUGCAUGAAAUGGGUCUAAAAAUUAAACAACACGAAGAGAAUAUCAAAUUCCUGAAGACUCAAAAGAAUGGGUUGGAUAAUUCGAUCUUAGAUAUGCAAGUCGCUCUUGGCAAGUAUCAGACAGAGAGUGAAUCUGGUCCUGAAAAUGAGGAACUUUCCCAUGUAUUGAGUGAGCAGGAGACAAUUGAACAAAUCUUAAGAUAUGAGAAAUCUGCAGCUGGCAUCUGGUGCCAACUAAAAACUCGUCAUGGAACUCAAGCUUCUCAUCUUCCUUUGACGAAGGAUGUUCUGGGAAUUGUUGCUAUGCUUGGGAAAGUUGAUGAUGACAAUCUUAGCAGGCUUCUCUCAGAUUAUUUGGGACUUGAGACUAUGCUAGCAAUCGUGUGCAAGACAUAUGAUGGUAUCAAAGCACUGGAAACAUACAAUAAGGAAGGCUAUAUAAACAAGACUUCUGGUCUUCAUGGACUUGGAUCUUCUAUUGGGAGGUCUUUGGAUGGCCGAUUUCUUGUUAUCUGUCUUGAAAACUUAAGACCAUAUGGCGGUGAGUUCAUAGCUGACGAACCUCAAAGGAGGCUUAAUAUUUUGAAGCCAAGAUUACCCAAUGGGGAAUCUCCACCUGGUUUUCUUGGCUUUGCUGUGAAUAUGGUCAAUAUAGACAGUGUGAACUUAUAUUGUGCUACAAGCAGUGGUUACGGUCUAAGAGAGACUCUCUUCUAUAACCUGUUUUCACGCUUGCACGUAUAUAGAACAAGAGCAGAUAUGUUACAGGCUCUCCCUUGUAUUAGAGAUGGAGCCAUAUCUUUGGAUGGAGGAAUAAUAAAGCAUAACAAUGUGUUUGCCCUGGGCAAUAGGGAAGUUGAUUUGAAAUUUCCAAAGAGCUUUGCAAAGUCAAAUUUGCCGCAGGACUACUUUGAAAUUGAAAGACAGAUAAAGGAGAUGAAGUGGAAAAAGGAAAGAACUGUAGAAGAUAUGCAGAGAGAACAAGCAUUGCUAGAUCAUGCAAGGUUCAACUUUGGUAUAAAGAAGCAAGAGUAUUUGAAGUUUCUUGCACAAAACUCAUCUUACACAAGACAGCACAGCUUCAAGCAGGAGGGGAGCGCUUGACCCUGAUAUCAUGAUUUGAUGGAAACCCCUUAGAGCUGUUUCGGUAUUGGACAAGAAGCUCUAUCAGUAAAUCAAUAAUAGAAUUACAUAUGCAGUCUCAUGAAUUUCUGAUUCCUUUUUAGGUCAAUUUCAGGCAUGUAACAAACUUAGAUACACAAUUUGUUAGUCAAAGGGACAAUUACGAGAAGAGGUCCAAGGACCGUCCUUUCUUGUCUCUCAUGUUUGAACUUGUACCAAGUUGUAGAAUGUGUUGUUAACUGUACAUCUUGUGGUAGUAUUACAGAUUUCAGUUACAACUGAAGCUGGAAAUGGAUUUUGAUCCAACAAACAAAAUUUUCAACUAGUGCGCCUUGAAAUUUUUGAAA